AUGGGAGUUUACCUUAGUACCCCCAAAACUGAGAAGCUAUCUGAAGACGGGGAAAAUGAUCAACUUAAAUUUGGACUUUCAUCUAUGCAAGGGUGGCGUGCGAGUAUGGAAGAUGCUCAUUCAGCCUUGCUAGAUAUCGAUGAGGGCACAUCAUUCUUCGGUGUUUUUGAUGGACAUGGAGGAAAAGUGGUUGCCAAAUUCUGUGCAAAAUAUCUACACAGGGAAGUUCUCAAAAGUGAAGUUUAUUUAGCUGGUGACCUGGGAGCUGCUGUCCAUGGAGCUUUCUUCAGAAUGGAUGAGAUGAUGCGGGGUCAAAGAGGCUGGCGAGAACUACAGGCACUUGGAGAUAAAAUAAACCAGUUUACUGGCAUGAUAGAAGGGCUGAUCUGGUCUCCGAGAGGCAGUGAUUCAAAUGAUCGACAUGAUGAUUGGGCUUUUGAGGAGGGACCUCACUCUGAUUUUAGCGGGCCAACCUGCGGAAGUACAGCCUGUGUUGCAAUGAUAAGGAAUAGUCAACUUGUUGUGGCAAACGCCGGAGAUUCCCGGUGUGUUAUCUCAAGGAAUGGCCAGGCAUACAAUUUAUCAAGAGAUCACAAACCAGAGCUUGAAGCAGAGAGAGAACGGAUAUUGAAAGCAGGGGGUUACAUCCAAAUGGGACGAGUAAAUGGAACUAUAAACUUGUCAAGAGCAAUUGGAGAUAUGGAAUUUAAACAGAAUAAAUUCUUGUCCCCUGAUAAGCAAAUGUUGACAGCAAACCCUGACGUAAACACUGUCGAGCUUUGUGAUGAUGAUGACUUUCUUGUUUUAGCAUGUGAUGGCAUUUGGGACUGCAUGUCGAGCCAACAGCUGGUCGAUUUCAUCCAUGAGCACCUAAAGACCGAGAGCAGCCUUUCUGCAGUGUGUGAAAAGGUGCUCGAUAGAUGCCUGGCUCCAUCAACAUUAGGUGGAGAAGGAUGCGACAACAUGACGAUGAUCCUAGUGCAGUUCAAGAAGCCAAUUGACCAUGGCAAGAAUGCCAGUGCUGGUGAACAAUCAGCUGUUGGGGAUAAGAAUGUAAGUGCUGGUGAACAAUCAGCGGUCGAGGAUAAGAAUGCUGGUGCUAGCGAUCAAUCAGCUGUCGAGGACAAGAAUGCUAGUGCUGGUGGACAAUCAGCUGUUGGGGACAAGAAUGCCAGUGCUGGAGGACAAUCGCCUGGUGACAUAGAACAGUCGCGAACGAGGAGAAGAACUCGUGAUGUCAUGUCGUAG